GACACGCGCUCGCUCUGCCUCCCCGGCCGGCCCCCAUCGCCGCCGCCACCCCCGACGCCCCAAGGGUCCCGAAUCCGGAAAGUGAGCCUGGCGGCCCCAUGCCGUCCCUCCUGCUCCUCGGGACCCUCCUGCUCCUGGCCUCGACCGCCCACCAGGCCGGGGCGCGCCCGUCCAACGCCACAAGCGCCGAGCCGCCGGGCCCGCUGCCCGCCCUGCUGGCGCACCUGCGGCGCCUGACCGGGGCGCUGACCGGCGGCGGGGGCACUGCGGGCCCGGGCGCCAACGGCACCAGGACCAGCCCCGCGAGCGGGACAGGCGCGGCGGCGCGGGCGCCCCCUCCCGCCGAGCUCUGCCAUGGAUAUUACGACGUCAUGGGCCAGUACGACGCCACCUUCAACUGCAGCACGGGCUCCUACCGCUUCUGCUGCGGCACCUGCCACUACCGCUUCUGCUGCGAGCAUCGCCACAUGCGCCUGGCGCAGGCCUCCUGCUCCAACUACGACACGCCGCGCUGGGCCACCACGCCGCCGCCGCUGGCCGGGGGCGUCGGGGGUGCUGGGGGUGCGGGAGGGGGGCCCGGUCCCGGCCAGGCCGGGUGGCUGGAAGGGGGCCGGGCGGGAGGCGCAGCGGGGCGCGGGGGCGAGGGCCCCGGGGGCAGCACGGCCUACGUGGUGUGCGGGGUCAUCAGCUUCGCCCUGGCUGUGGGCGUCGGCGCCAAAGUGGCCUUCAGCAAGGCGUCCCGUGCGCCCAGGGCGCAUCGGGAGAUCAACGUGCCCAGGGCUCUGGUGGACAUUUUGAGACAUCAGGCUGGGCCCGGGACCCGACCGGACCGGGCACGAAGCAGCUCCUUGACCCCAGGGGUCGGAGGCCCCGACAGCAUUCCCCCAAGGACGCCCAAGAACCUCUACAACACCGUGAAGCCCUCCAAUCUCGAUAAUCUACACCACAAUUACCUGCACCUCAACGUCAACAGCCCCAAGCACCAUGCCGCCACGAUGGACUGGCGCGCCGCUCCGCCACCCAGCCCCUCCUUGCACUACUCCACACUCUCCUGCUCACGGUCCUUCCACAACCUCUCGCAUCUGCCCCCGUCCUACGAGGCCGCUGUGAAAUCCGAACUCAACCGCUACUCCUCCCUCAAGAGACUGGCCGAGAAGGAUCUGGACGAGGCCUACCUGAAGCGCCGGCCCCUGACAGAGAUGCCCCGCGGGACGCUGCCCCUGCACGCGCUGCGGCGGCCGGGCACUGGGGGCGGCUACCGCAUGGACGCCUGGGGCGGCCCGGAGGAGCUGGGCCUGGCGCCUGCGCCCAACCCGCGCCGGGUCAUGUCCCAGGAGCACCUGCUGGGCGACGGAGGCCGCUCGCGCUACGAAUUCACCCUGCCGCGCGCGCGCCUGGUGUCGCAGGAGCAUCUGCUCCUGUCGUCGCCCGAGGCCCUGCGCCAGAGCCGGGAGCACCUGCUGUCGCCGCCGCGAAGCCCAGCGCUGCCCCCAGAGCCCGGCGCCCGCGCCGGCCUGGCCGCAUCCCACUCCAACCUGCUGCUGGGCCCGGGAGGGCCGCCCACGCCGCUGCACGGGCUACCCCCACCGCCCGGCCUGCACGCGCACCACCACCACGGCCUGCACGGCUCCCCGCAGCCCGCCUGGAUGUCGGACGCCGGCGGGGGAGGGGGCACGCUGGCGCGCAGGCCGCCCUUCCAGCGCCAGGGCACGCUGGAGCAGCUGCAGUUCAUCCCGGGCCACCACCUGCCGCAGCACCUGCGCACCGCCAGCAAGAACGAGGUGACAGUCUGAGGCCAGGCCCCGGGGCUGGCGGGCUGCGGCCUCGCAGGCCCCCACCCCAGCCGGGAUCCCCCAACACACUCAAGGGGCCUGGGACCCGGGAGCAGCCCGUGCGCGG